CCUCCCUGUUCAAAGAAACCAGUGCAAGUCACCUCCGCACCAGCAACGACCACCACAGCAGCAGGGGGGAGGAAGGGGAGAUCAACUUAGCAUCGCGAUCAAGAUGACUCUGAACCAGUCCAGUCUGUUCGGGCAAAUAGACGACCUGCAGGACCUAACAUUCAUCGAAAGACCGAUACGACGGAGCCUGAAGACAGCAGAGGAGAUCGACAAGCUGACGGUGGAUGAGGAUCUGAAUGACAUCGAACGGGCUGUGUACCUUCUCAGCUCUGGUCAGGAUAUCCAGCGUGCCAGCGUGGUUGUGAAUCUACCAAACCUGGUGCGUCAGAACCCGGCCGAGACUUUCCGGAGGGUCGUGCCGAAAGUGCGGGAGGUGCUGCAUGUGGCCGGGGUGGAGAUGCAGCUGGCUGCCGCUGGGUCGUUCCUCACCAUCCUUCAGGAUGACAUAGUUCUCAUCCAGACCCACACCCACUCCAUCCUGCAGAUUGUCCUGCUCAACCUGGACCACCGAGACGCAGCAGUGGUCAGCAACGCAUGGCUAGAGACGCUUCUGUCUGCCAUCGACGCUUUGCCAAAAGAGACCAUCCGGCAGGAGAUCUUGGGCCCACUGGUGUCAAAGGCCCAACUCUCACAGUCUGUGCAGGCUCGGAUGGCUAGCUGUCGUAUCCUGGGGAAGGUGGCUGGCAAGUUUGAGUCCUCCAUGCUGAAGAAGGAGCUGCUGCCCCUGGUCCGGUCCCUGUGCCAGGAUGUGGAGUAUGAGGUGCGCUCCUGCAUGUGCCGGCAGCUGGAGAACAUCGCCAGGGGAAUCGGGGUGGAUCACACCAAGGCGAUGGUGCUGCCAGAGCUGGUGGAGCUGGCCCGAGAUGAGGGGAGCACCGUCAGGUUGGCCGCUUUCGACACAACCGUCAACCUGCUGGAGAUGUUCGACAAUGAUGAUAGAACGCGCAUCGUGUUCCCUCUGGUCAAGACCUUUUGUGAGAAGUGCUUCAAAGCAGACGAGGCGGUUCUGGCCUCGCUGUCCUUCCAGUACGGGAGGCUCUGUCAUGGCCUGUCAGGGAGCUUCACGGACGAGCAGCAUCUGUGGUUCCUGGAGUUCUACAAGAAGCUGUGUGUCCUUGGCCUCCACCUGGAGAACGGGCACUGCGAGAGCCAGGCUUACACCCUGGACCUGGAGAGGAAGUAUGAGACAGUUCGCAGGAACUGUGCAUACAACUUCCCUGCUAUGGUUCUGUUUGCGGACCCUAAGUGCUUCCUGUCGGAGCUGUAUCCCACUUUCUCCAGCCUGUGUCAUGACCCCGAGAUCUCUGUACGGCGCACGUCCGCAGAUGGGUUCCAUGAAGUUGUGAAACUCCUGGGCCCCAACGUGCAUUACAUUCAUAAGGAACUCGUCGCGUUAUUGCAGGACGAGUCUCUGGAGGUCCUGGAUGCCUUGUUAAACGCCCUACAGGACACGCUUGAGCUGGCCACAUCCAGAGGGGAGGGCACUGGCUCUGAGAGUAAGCAGGUGAACAUACAAGACCUGAUCCCGGCUCUGGCAGCAGCAGAGCAGAAGGCAGCGGCCUCGCUGCGGUGGCGCGUCCACGAGAAGCUGUUGCAGAAGUACGCCUGCCUGCCCCGCGUGGUCUCCGGGGACCAGAUCUACUUCCGCUUCUUGCAGAGGAUGUUCGCCAUCGUCACAACCAAUAACGUUCUCCCGGUUCAGCGGGAGGCAGCACGGACACUCUGCAUCUUUCUUCGCUACAACCGUAAGCAGGAGCAGCGGCAGGAAAUUGUCGGCAAGGUGGUGGAACAGCUGGCACAAGGGAAGAGCUAUUGGAACAGGCUGAGGUACCUGGACCUCUGUGAGAUCGCCAUGGACCUCUUCUCUAAGUCCUACUUCUGCAAAUACUUCCUGGGCCCUGCACUGGAGCUGGUCAACGACCCCGUUGCCAAUGUCAGAUACAAGCUGUGUCGAAUGCUGCCCAGGCUAAAGGCGUCCAUCAGACUGCCUGCGGAGAAACAUCUGCUGCAGCAGCUGGAGUUCUGUGUGCGCAGGCUGCUAUGCCGUGAGAAGGACAAGGACGUGGUGUGCACUGUCCGCAAGAUUGUGCUGGAACUGGACAAAAUGGACAUCACAGAACCAUACCACAAGAGGCACGAAAGAGAUCUGCUGGACCAGAAGAAGGAAACGGAGGAGAUCCUCCUCUUAGAGAUGGAGCAGCUGGAAAGGCAGCCGAUAGAUGGAAAACUCACAAUCGACAAACACGCAGAUAAAAAACGGAGGGACAGUAAAUCUGGGCUGUCUGUAUCGAAAAGCAUAUCGGGCUCUACAUCCGGGACAAUGCCGUCCACCUCGGCUGGCAAGGAGCUGAAGAAGGCCAAGCUCUCCCGGAGUCGAUCGCUGAGCAGUCACCCGAGCACGUCCAAGAUGGUCAAUCCGGAGAAAACAGUAAAGGUUAAGGAGUCUGGGAAAGAGUGCGGGAGCUGUCCAGGAAGCGGGAAGAGUAGCCACCAUCCUGUCAACGGUGACACCCUGCCUAGAUCCCACCAUUUUGGCAGCACGUCAAGCUCAGCGCCCCCAGCUUCUCCCGCAUCAGCCAUGCCAGUGCUGAUCCGCAGCAACACGGAGCACCGGCCCAGUGGCUCCAAGGAGACACAGCCCAGGAAACUUAGCGUGCAGUCAAAGAAAGUCAAACUCUUUCGGCAUGCAGACGGGGCGGGAAUGAUGGAGAAGACCUCCUUCCCCUCGUCCCCUGGGGCAAAUGGGGGCUUAGAGAUGGAGUCAGCGGCCAAAGUACACCCUCCUGAAAGCCCCCCCCCUCCUCGAUUAAAAUUGUCUAAAUCGUACAUUUAAGAAAUGAAAAAUACAGCAUUUCUUCACCUUGGCUAUUGGGAGCAUCGGAAUCUGCUUCCUACAGCCCCAUUUCUGCCUUACUCCACCAUUUUCAAACCAUAUGUUACAAUCACACUGCUGUACAGUAUGUAUUUUAUUAUUUAUUUGUCCAUUUUGUUGUAAAAUAGCAUGCAAAUACUGUGAUUUGCAAAUCACUUAGGACAUAGUGGAAUUUUUUUUAACAGAUUUCUUUAAUUCCAAAAGCUUUGAAUUCUGUGCCCAGACCCCCGAUUUGGAUUAACCGUGCCUGGUGUGUCCGCACCUGAGUGAUCCACGCCAACAUCUUCAUAAGACCAUUUGUCAUGUUUAAUGAACACGGAUUAAACACACAUUUUACACCCAUU